ACUGCCGCCUCUCCUUCCUGUAAGACCGGUUGAGGAAGUGAAUUUCGCUGACAAGGCUGGGUUCACUGAGGGAGAGGCGAACAAAACAUCUUCCGCGGGGGACAGAGGAAAAAAAAACAAGAAGCAAGAGGAGCGGUCUGACAAACCAUUCAAAGGCUAUAAGGCGUACAGUCACCGGUGAAAUCGUGCCCCCCUGCCCCGCUGAGACCGCCGCAGACAUGAGUGAACAGCAAUUAGACUGUGCCCUAGACCUGAUGAGGCGUCUGCCGCCUCAACAGAUCGAGAAGAACCUCAGUGACCUCAUUGACCUGGUGCCCAGUCUGUGUGAGGACCUUCUCUCCUCUGUGGACCAGCCCCUUAAGAUUGCCCGGGACAAGGUGGUGGGAAAAGACUAUCUUCUCUGUGAUUACAAUCGGGAUGGUGACUCCUACAGAUCUCCGUGGAGUAAUAAGUACGACCCUCCCAUUGAAGACGGUGCCAUGCCUUCAGCUCGGUUGAGGAAACUGGAGGUCGAAGCCAAUAACGCCUUUGACCAGUACAGAGACCUGUAUUUUGAGGGUGGUGUGUCAUCAGUGUACCUAUGGGAUUUGGACCACGGCUUCGCUGGCGUUAUUCUCAUCAAAAAGGCUGGAGAUGGCUCCAAAAAGAUCAAAGGGUGUUGGGACUCCAUCCAUGUGGUGGAGGUGCAGGAGAAGUCCAGUGGACGAACUGCUCACUACAAACUCACCUCCACCGUCAUGUUGUGGCUCCAGACGACCAAAAGCGACUCUGGUACCAUGAAUCUGGGUGGCAGCCUCACAAGACAAAUGGAAAAAGACGAGACGGUUGGAGAGUCCUCACCCCACAUUGCCAACAUCGGCCGCCUUGUUGAAGAUAUGGAGAACAAGAUUCGCUCCACACUGAAUGAAAUCUACUUUGGGAAGACCAAGGACAUUGUCAACGGACUUAGGAGUGUUACAUCUCUGGCUGACAAGUCAAAGCAGGAGGCUCUCCAAAGCGAACUGUUCAAGGCGCUCAAACUGAAAAACCAAAGCUAGAGCUGCUGCUGUUCUGUCCGUUUCUCUCCGUCAUCUCUUCUCUUGUUUCUUUCUGUCUUCUCCCUCACCGCCUCCUGCACUCUUGUUUCUUUGUGGAAAAAAAAAAAAAAAAAAAAAGAGAGAAAAUGCUUCGCUUUUCUCCACCCCCUUUCACCUGUCCUGUUUUGUUGUUUUCAUGUAUCUCUACAUGUUCUGAAGCCAUUCACUCACACUCCCUUCCAUGUUAUGAACUUAUCGAUAGCAUUAUGGCGGUUAAAGAUAAUCUUGCAGUGCGAGGGUCGGCGUAUACUAAUCCCACCCCCCCCCCCCCCCCUGCAAUGUCCUCAGUCAUUUGGAACUGAACAAUUUUUAUUUCCUCUCAGCUGAGGAGACAAACAUGCACAGGCUGUAUGCUUUAGGUGGCAUCAUUCUCAUCACAUUGAUUUCUUGCACCCCUCUGCCCCACCCUUGAUUUAGUUGUCUAAAUUGAUAACUGCCCUUUCAGUCUUCCCUUCACACAGAGGCUUUUGCCUUCUGUGGAAAGAUUUUUUACUCGUCAUCUGUUCGCAUGCAUGUGAGCCCAUGUGCGAGCGUGGAGCUGCAGUCAGUGGAAAUAUUUCCCGCCAUAAUAAUACCCUCCACCCCUCCUUCUCCUCCCACCUUUCCACAAUGAGUAUCACAUGACGGUUUAACUGCCACCCCUCUUUACAAUAUCUGUAACUCUUCUCUCUGCUCACCUUCUAUGUCUUUGUUGGGGGUCACAGUUUUUGUGUCAUUGGAAACCUUUGACCGUUUCCAUUUUGGAGGGGAAACUUUGUAUUUUGUUUUUGUUUUAAUUUUGUAAAGCCUAUAAUUCAUAUUGUAUUAGAGCCUCCAGCAACAAUAAAAAGUAAAAAAAGCUA